CCAAAAUAUACUGUUAAUCUCAUCUCUUGUUCCGGUUCGAAAUUGAAAAUCCCUACUUUCCCUUCUACGAUUCCCUGGUUUUCUAUUCGGCCCCUAUUCUGUCUAUAAUUGGAGAGGGAAAGCGAUCGUCGAGCUUUAGAGAUUCCCGCAUACAUGUUGAUACCUCACGUUUCUCCUUUCAUCUCCUCGAUCCCUAGCCCGCGCCGCAAACAUUGAUUCUCGGCAUCAAGCUCGAUGGAGGUGACGGACCAUAAAAUCCAUGACCAAAGUCCCUUCCUAUUGUUAGGGAUUCCAACAAAGUUCCCCAAUUAUCAAAUCAUCGAAGAGGCAAGCAAAGUGCGCAGAAGCUGCCUCGAUUUCAUCCUUGUCGUCGCACUUCCACUCGGGAUGGUUCGUCUAUCUGGACAUCCUUUGCUAGGAAGAGCGGCUCGUGGUCAUCCAAUUCAGCCAUGAUUAGGAUGAUACCUGCAUGUAGGUACCCGCAUCUUCCCUCUAUGUACUUCCUCCCGCCGACGAACUGCGGAAAACUCCCCCUUGAUUUUACACUCCCGAGAAUUUGAUUGGGAGCCGAUUUCUGCUUGGUUUACAUCACGAGGAACUUGAUUUUACUACUGGUGCCGAUGGGCGAGACUUCUAUCGAGGAUGGCCUUUCUGGUGGAACUCGACGACUCCACUUUGCCGGUAAUUGUUGCCUUACGAAGGUAAACAGUUAAAGAGUACAUGGAUAGAAGGCAGGGGAUGAGAUGCAAGAUCAACAGGAAAAGGGUAACUCCUUCAGUAGAGUACAAAAUGCCUAUUGUCUGCAUACCUUGUCCGACUUUACUAUUAACAUCAUUCAUUCUCUACAGCAUAUUAGUCUGCUUUCAGUUUCUAGGAGGUAUAGGGUAUGUCCCCUGAGAUUGUUGGGUAUAUACAUUACGGUCCAGAAUCAUAUAUUUGGGCUUUAGGUAAGCUGUAGAGUGUAAAAAGUUCUCCAUAUUCUUGAAAGCAUGACUCGCUAUGUGAUAAUAUGUUAGCAGGAGGAAAACGAAGGUUUCUAAGUUUGUGAACUUAGAUUGAGAAUAAGGUUCAAAGAGACGGUAACUGUCAGGUUGGAUCCCUUGUAUUUUUAUUUUUAGAGAACAACUAUAUAUUUGAACAAAAUUUCAACCCCUAGGUAGUCAAAGCCUAGAGGUCUCAUUAACAUUAUGGUUUUUCAGUUUUGUGCUUUAUCAGAUCAACUAUAUUGCUCUACUGAGCACCACAAAGUUGUCAGGCAGCAAGUGGUUGAUCAACUGAGGUCUUGCCCAGGAAUGUACGAAGGGUAUAUUCCUAUGCCUUACAACGACUAUUUGACGAACAUGUACAAGCAUGCUUGCGUCCUGUUUCUUGAGUUCCCAUCACUUAAAUAUAGGGUUCUGCAGGAAUCCAGGAUCCACUACAAAAAGAAUGGUCUAUGGCAAAGAAAUCCCCCAGUUGGCAGCGGCAGCGUCGAUCUCAGCUCCCUCGAAUCUGCCAUGUCCAAGGUUGGUUUGUAUGCUCAGAUUACAAGUAAGCUGAUGUCUCAACUUUUCGACUUCUGUUCACGGUCGAUCGGGCAGUUCUGUUUAGUGCGGAACUAUGGGAUUGAGAAUCAUGUUGUUGGUCGGUUGUGCGAUAUAAGAUCCGCGUUGGAGGGGACCGUGGUGGAUGGCGACUGGAUUCAUGACUGA